AUGGUGGUUUUAUUUUUUACUGCUUUAUUUGCGGUGAACAUCGCCACUUUAGACUGUCUCGAUGGACCAGCAACAGAUCUUUCUCGACUGAAUUUCUUCGACAUAGAUUUACUCAGAUAUACGGCAGAAGACCGGCCUGGUAAUGUCAUGGUAUCACCAGCCAGUAUUAAGUCUACGCUAGCAAUGAUCCUUGAAGGUUCUGCUGGAACAACGGAGGAUGAAAUCAGAAGUGCCUUACGUUUAUCACCAUAUAAAGAUGAAUUUCGCGAACAGCUGAACACGUAUCUUAAUUUAUUACAUGUAAAUACUCGAGGUGUCAGUAUAGAAAACGCAAAUGCCGUCUUUGUCUCCAACAAACUGAAACUCAACAAAGAUUAUGUGUUGAUGAUACAAAAAGUCUACCAGUCAGAACUUCGCCAACUUGAUUUUGCUUAUACAAAUAACGUGUCUGAAGUUAUCAACAAGUGGGUGUUUGAAAAAACCAAGGGUUUGAUUCCUGGAAUAGUUGAGCCUGCAAACAUAAGUCCAAAAGCAGAGAUGAUUUUGGCAAAUGCUCUAUACUUCAAGGGCUCAUGGGCGAUUGCUUUUAAUCCUCGAUACACCAGGCCCGGCUGCUUCAAUUACAGAGGCGCGUGCACGAAUGUUGCAAUGAUGGAGUUGCAUGCUGAACUUAAUUGUGCAUAUGUGGACAACCUUAGGGCACACGCUGUGGAGUUACUAUACGAGGGUGGUGAUUACUCUAUGAUCCUCCUAGUGCCGCGGGAUCGUGACGGUAUUUCGCAGUUAAUUCGAGAUCUUCCAUACAUGAGUCUGCCUCAAAUCACUCCACUCAUGGAACCUACAGACGUGAGACUGAUAAUGCCAAAGUUUACUGUUGAUUAUUCGGAAAAUAUGGCGCUGCCUUUGAGAAAUAUGCGAAUCGAAUCCUUAUUUACCAAGAACGCUAAUCUAUCCGGCAUUUACGAAGGCGCUUCUUCACAAGUUGACAACAUCAUUCACAAAGUCCACAUGUCCGUCGAUGAGAAGGGUACAACUGCUGCAGCAGCAUCAGGGGCUAUGGUGAUACCAUUAAUUGGAGCGGAACUUCUGCUCAAAGUGGAUAGGCCUUUUGUAUUCUUUAUAAAGAGUAAUAAAAUGGGUCUAGUCCUGUUUGAAGGGAAGAUCGAACAGCCUAAUAUUAUCGAGAACCUUUUGGUUGAACCCUCAAAGAAUAUACAGAAUAGCCAGAACAGAAGAUAUCCCAAUCCUUACUUCUAA